CUCUCUCUCUCUCUCUCUCUCUCUCUCUCUCUCUCUCUCUCUCUCAUCGGAGUACAGUAGCUUCUUCUUCUUUCACUGUGUCAUCGUGUCUGAACCCUAAUUCCACCGCGAAAUUCUGCGAUAUCAUCAAAUUUAGGAUUCAACAUUAUCAACUAAAAGCCCUUUCAAUUCAUCACAUUUCGCUCCUUCAUUUCUGUCUUUCGAAGAACCGUUUCAUGAUUUUGUGAAACCAGUGUUAUUUACUUGGAGAGAGCUCUGAUCGGGGUGAAACGGAGUUUGUACUGUUUUGAUUUUCCGGCGGUUAUUUUCCCGGUUGCCGGAGGAUGGGAUUUGAGCAAUGAGCGAUGCCGGUAGGGCGUAGUGGAGCGCGCCGGGGACGGCCACCGAAGCGACAACGACAGGCGCAGGGGGAGCAGCGACAGAGUCCGGUUGAAGAGGAAGCGAUUGCGAAUAGGACGAGACGGAGGCGUGCAGCUGCAGCGGCUGUGAACGAUAAGGUUGAUGAGCAGGUGGCUGUGGUUACGGCGGGAAAUGAGAACGUAGUUGUUGCUGCGGUGGAGAAGGAAGGGGAGGGUGAUCGGGUAUUGGAAGAAGGGGGAAAGGAGAAGAAAGAGAUGGAGGAAUGUGAUAACGGAGGUCACAGCAAUGGGAAAGCUGAAGCUAGUGAAGAGGACAGUAACGCCUUGGUUAUUCCUGAAAAGGUUCAAGUAGGCAAUUCUCCUUUGUAUAAAACAGAGAAAAAACUUGGCAAGGGUGGAUUUGGUCAAGUAUAUUUUGGUCGGCGUGUUUCUGGUGGAAAUUUGAACGAGAGAACUGGACCUGAAGCUGUAGAGGUAGCAAUAAAAUUCGAGCACAUUAGUAGUAAAGGAUGUAACCAUGGACCACCGAAUGAGUGGCAAGUGUACAACACCCUCGGUGGAAGUCAUGGUGUGCCACAGGUGCAUUACAAGGGUAUGCAAGGUGAAUAUUUCAUCAUGAUUAUGGAUAUUCUAGGACCUAGCUUGUGGGAUGUUUGGAAUAAUUAUUCUCACACCCUGUCCACCGAAAUGGUUGCAUGUAUUGCCAUUGAAGCAAUAUCUAUAUUGGAGAAGAUGCACUCUCUAGGGUAUGUGCAUGGAGAUGUGAAGCCUGAGAAUUUUCUGCUUGGCGCUUCUGGGACACCUGACGAAAAAAAAUUGUUCCUGGUAGAUCUUGGAUUAGCGACUAAAUGGCGGGAUAGUAAAUCUGGUUUGCAUGUGAAAUAUGACCAAAGGCCUGAUGUUUUCAGGGGCACAGUCCGCUAUGCAAGUGUGCAUGCACAUUUGGGGAGAACUGGAAGCAGGAGGGAUGAUUUGGAAUCUCUUGCAUAUACACUAAUAUUUCUUCUUCUAGGCCGUCUUCCUUGGCAGGGAUUCCAGGGAGAAAACAAAGGAUAUCAGGUUUGCAGGAAGAAGAUGGGAACGUCUCCAGAGACACUCUGUUGUUUUUGUCCCCAGCCUUUUAAAGAGUUUAUUGAACAUGUAGUAAGCUUAAAGUUUGAUGAAGAACCUAAUUAUGCAAAAUACAUUUCUCUCUUUGAUGGGGUUGUCGGUCCAAACCCAGAUAUUAGGCCACUUAUUACAGAAGGGGCUCAAAAGCUUGUUGGUCUUAAAAGAGGCCGGUUGGCUUCCAACGAAGAUGAUGAACAACCCAAAAAGAAGGUUCGAAUGGGUUUGCCAGCCAACCAGUGGAUUAGUGUUUACAAUGCCCGUAGACCGAUGAAACAAAGAUAUCAUUACAAUGUGUCAAGUACAAGGCUUACCCAGCACAUUGAAAAAGGAAAUGAGGAUGGCUUAUAUAUUAGUAGCGUUUCUUCAUCUCAAGGCCUAUGGGCCUUAAUCAUGGAUGCAGGGACAGGUUUCACUUCCCAAGUUUAUAAACUCUCCCCCCAAUUUUUGAACAAGGAAUGGAUCAUGGAUCAGUGGGAAAAAAAUUAUUAUAUCAGUGCAGUUGCUGGAGUUGUACAUGGGAGUUCACUUGUAGUAAUGUCUAAAGGCACCCAGUAUUUGCAGCAAUCGUACAAAGUUAGUGAUUCAUUUCCUUUCAAAUGGAUCAACAAAAAGUGGAAAGAGGGCUUUUAUGUAACUUCAAUGGCCACCGCAGGGCAAAAAUGGGGAGUAGUUAUGUCCCGUGGGGCAGGGUUUACAGAGCAGGUGGUGGAACUAGACUUUCUGUAUCCUAGUGAAGGGAUUCACAAGCGAUGGGAGUCUGGAUACCGAAUCACAUCGCUUGCUGCAACUUGGGACCAAGCUGCUUUUGUUCUGAGUGUUCCUAGUAAGAAGCCCCAGGACGAAACUCAGGAAACGCUAAGGACUACUGCUUUUCCUAGUACCCAUGUUAAGGAUAAGUGGGACAAGAACCUCUACAUUGCCUCUAUUUGCUAUGGACGUACCGUUUCUUGAUACUGCCGAUCCUCCAAGGUGCGGAAGUAUUUGGAUUUCAGUUGAAAAGCUCCAAACGAAGGAUUGGACCCAAAAUAAUUAAGUUUUUUUGGGACAAACAUACUGUUGGACUCUAGUAUAUAUCAAGAAGCAUGAUGAGCUGGGGACAGGAAAUUUUGAUGGCUAUUAUGUAUGUAGGAGAAUGAAUAUUUUCAGUAAAACUAAGUUAACACAGCUCACUUUUCCGAUCUGGUGGAAAUUGAGUUUAUGUCAGUGAUAGUUAAUGUUUUGCAGAGGUUCUUUUAAUACAGGUACAAAGGUAUACAGAUUUUAAGUUUGGUA